UGACCCCGCCGUGCACGUCCUCCUCCUCUUCCUACUCCUCAACCUCAUCCUCAUCCUCAUCCACCUUCUCCUCCUCCUUUUUUGGUCUUCGUUCUUAUCGUUAUCCUCCGUCAAUCUCAUACUACAACGAUUCCUGUUUAGUGUCCUUUCUAUCUUUCUAUUUCUCGUCUUUAUCCUUUUCCUCUUCUUCUUUCUUUUGUUCCUCUUAUUCCUGCUUUUCCUCAUCCUUGUUCUUCUUCCGCAUCCUUCGUGAGUUUAUUCUUGCUUAUCUAAUAUCUCCUAUUCAUUGUUCUAUUUACCUUCUUUCUCCUCCUUCUCUUCGUUUUCUUCUUUCUCUUUUCUAUCCCUAUCUUUCGUAUACACCGCUUCCUCAUUCUUCUGUCUCAUCUUCCUCAUUCCCAGUUUCUUUCUCUCCCUCCUUUUCUUUCUUCUUCAUCUUCUACUCAUUUUCCUUCGUGCAUUUCCUUUUAAGUCUUCCUGUAUGUCUUCUUCACACAUAUCUUCCCCAUUGCAUCUCUUCUCCUCUUCUUCCUACUUUUUCUCUUUAGUUUAACCAUCAUAUACUCUCCUGUUAGGACCAAAAGAUCCACUGCAGGUUGUUAUUUCCCUGUGUUCUUUAAGUUUCUCACCUCCUCCUACUCUUCCUCUUCCUUCUCUUCCUCCUCCUCCUCCUCUCACAGUGAAUGCAAACAUAACACCAUGCAAGAACAAGUCAACAUCACAUCCACGGGGAAAUAUAGUGAGUUGUAAUCACCAAAAGUAACGCAUAUCUCGAGCCGUCACUGUGAGAUCAAUGCUGCCUCCCAGGGGUGUGACGGCGGCGCCAGGUGGGGAGUGUUACAGGCCCACCGCGUGCCAGAAGGACUCGCUCGUCUCGACACCGCCGCGCUGGGUGCCAAGGUUGCCCGACUCUGUGUUUUGGCCAAGGAGGGGACACAGCAGGACUAGAGGGAUGAAGGAGAGACAGAACCUGAAGGCCGUGGUGGUGGUGACGGCGGCAGCGAUCGUGGUAAUGAUGAUGAUGAUGGCAGGGAUGUCCUCUCCGCCCCUUCCGAUGUUUCUAACCAGUCUUAAUGAAUCAUCAUCAGUCCCGGCAGUGAGCGGCGGUGUGGUGAGACUGUGGCCGAGGGACGAGAACUGCUCCUGGGCUGAGGUGCGGUUCAGCGCUGGUCUGGCCGGUUCCUGGUUGCUCUCCUUCCCUCGCUCCGGCAACACCUGGACGCGCUACUUGCUGGAGGCCGCCACUGGGGUCUUCACCUCCUCCGUGUACAACUCAUCCCGCCUGCGUGAACUAGGGUUCCUAGGGGAGGGCGUGUCAGCGAGGCGCGGCACAACCCUCACCACCAAGACUCACUCCCUGCAGCCCCUCGCCAGACACCCGGACUUCCCCGUCGUGGCCAUCGUCAGGAACCCCGCCAAAGCCAUCCUGAGCUACUGGCACUACAUCAUGAGCCGCUGGUCGCCGGACAGGUUCAUUGCCUCCACCAGCCAGGGCACGUACAGGACGCGCGGCUUCCAUAAAUUCGUGAGGGAGAAGCUGGCAAAAUGGCGGAAAACUUACGUAGUAGCUCUCACCAACACCACGCGGAUCCAUCUCCUUCACUAUGAGUUGCUGAGAGAGGCGCCGCUACCACGCCUCCAGGAGCUGCUCGCCUUCCUGGGGUACGGCACAACGGAGAGUCGCCUUAUGUGUCUGCAGCGUCACCUGGAUGGAGCGGCUCUCGGGGCACAGAGGCAUGACUUCCCCUACUCGUUCAGGGAGGUGAAGGCGAUGCAGGCAGCGACAGAGGUGGUGGACAAGCUGGCCAGGGCACGGGGUCUGCCGGGCCUCCCAGACUACACGCGCUUCCCUAACUAAGGAUUCCAGGAGGCGGAGGCGUGUUGGGGCGGUGAGUGUGUGUGUGUGUGUGUGUGUGUGUGUCAUUAUUUCCGAUCUUCGGAUAGGCCUGA